AUGUCUUUUGAAUUAAAAGACUUAGAAAAUGGCUCAUCAUCAAAAGAUCAAACUUCUCAUGAUAUGAAGAAUGAUGUUAAAUUAACAAAUAUAAGUGAUGAUCAUGAAGAAUUAAACUUAUCAGAAUCAGAAGGUGCCGUCAAGGAAACUCAAGUUAAAAGAUCUUUAAAACCUCGUCAUGUCACUAUGAUUGCCCUUGGUGGUACUAUUGGUACUGGGUUAUUUAUUGGUAUUUCAACUCCAAUUUCUCAAGCUGGUCCUGUUAAUUCAUUAAUUGCUUAUCUUUUUAUGGCUACUAUUGCUUAUUCUGUUACACAAUCUUUAGGUGAAAUGGCUACUUUUAUACCUGUUACUUCAUCAUUUACCGUUUUCACUCAAAGAUUUUUAUCACCAGCUUUAGGUGUUGCAAAUGGUUAUAUGUAUUGUUUUACAUGGUGUAUAACUUUUGCCUUGGAAUUAUCAAUUGUGGGUCAAAUUAUUCAAUAUUGGACAGAUGCUGUCCCAUUAGCAGCUUGGAUUGCUAUAUUUUGGGUUAUUUUAGUUUCUUCAAAUAUGUUUCCUGUUAAAUUUUAUGGUGAAGUGGAAUUUUGGGUUGCAAGUGUUAAAAUUAUGGCAAUUGUUGGUUUCAUUAUUUAUUCAUUCAUCAUGGUUGUUGGUGGUGGUAAACAUGGUCCAAUUGGUUUUAGAUAUUGGAGAAAUCCAGGUGCUUGGGGUCCAGGUUAUUUAUUCCCAGGUACUGCAAAGGGUAAAUUCUUGGGUUGGGUUUCUUCUUUAGUUAAUGCUGCGUUCACUUAUCAAGGUACUGAAUUAACUGGUAUUUCUGCAGGUGAAUCCAAGAAUCCAAGAAGAACUGUACCAAAAGCUAUCAACAAAGUUUUUUUCAGAAUUUUAUUCUUUUAUGUUCUUUCAUUAUUCUUUGUUGGUUUAUUAGUUCCUUAUAAUGAUCCAAAAUUUACUUCAACAGAUUCUUAUGUUUCUUCAUCACCUUUUAUCAUUGCAAUUCAAAACUCAGGUACACCAAUCUUACCAGAUAUUUUCAAUGCUGUUGUUUUACUUACAAUUAUUUCAGCUGGUAAUUCAAAUGUCUAUAUCGGUUCACGUAUCUUGUAUUCAUUAGCACAAAACGGAUUAGCACCAAAAUGGUUUAAAAUCACUUCAAAACAUGGUGUUCCAUACGUUAGUGUCUUGAUGAUUUCUGCAUUUGGGUUUUUAGGAUUCAUGGCAAUUUCAAGUGGUGCAUCCACCGUGUUUGAUUGGUUAUUAAACAUCACUGCUAUUGCUGGUUUAUUCGCAUGGUUAUUUAUUUCAUUAUCUCAUAUUAGAUUCAUGCAUACUUUAGCUAAACGUGGAAUUUCAAGAGAUGAAUUACCAUAUAAGGCACAUUUCAUGCCAUGGGCUGCUUAUUAUGCUGCAUUUUUCGUUAUUGUUAUUAUUUUCAUUAAUGGGUUCCCUGCUUUUAUUGGUGGAUUCCAUGUUGAAGAUUUCUUUACUGCUUAUGUUUCAGUCAUUUUAUUUGUUGCAUUAUGGAUGUUUUUCCAAUUUAUUUUCUUUAGAGGUCCAUUAUUAUUAAAGACUGAAGAUGUUGAUAUUGAUACUGAUAGAAGAGAAAUUGAUGCUAUUGUUUGGGAAGAUGAACCUCCAAAAAAUUUAUGGGAAAAAUUUUGGGCUUAUGUUGCUUAA